AUGGCUGCAUUAACUGCGCGCCGAGACGGCGGCGAGUCAAUGCUUGAUGACCGCACCGACUGGCCGCCCCCGGCGCGCCUGGUUAACACGGCCGCCGGCAGUGCGUGGGCGGCAGCCGUGUGCAAGGAGAAGGAAGAAGAUGAGAAACAGCGUAAGAAGGAGAAGGAAGAAAGUGAGAAACAGCGUAAGAAGGAGAAGGAAGAAGAUGAGAAACAGCGUAAGAAGGAGAAGGGAGAACCUGACGAACAGCGUAAGAAGGAGAAGGAAGAAGAUGAGAAACAGCGUAAGAAGGAGAAGGGAAAAGAUGAGAAACAGCGUAAGAAGGAGAAGGGAGAAGAUGAGAAACAGCGUAAGGAGGAGAAGGGAGAACCUGACGAACAGCGUAAGAAGGAGAAGGAAGAAGAUGAGAAACAGCGUAAGAAGGAGAAGGAAGACGGUGAGAAACAGCGUAAGAAGGAGAAGGAAGAAGAUGAGAAACAGCGUAAGAAGGAGAAGGGAGAACCUGACGAAUAG